UCUGAAAAAUUACAUUUCAAUUCCACACAUCCAGUUUUAUAGGUUUAUCGAUCAACAAUGGCGAUGAAAGCUUACGCUGCAGCAGCAGAAAAUGACGACAAAAUCCAAUCCGAUGUCCUCUCCAAAGCCAGAGAAUCAUGCUACAAGGCUCGUGAUGCUUUCUACUCGUGCCUUGAAAAGGAAUGUGACAAGAAACCAACCGAAAUUGCGUCUGUAGGUUUGCUUUAUCCCAUUGAAUGCAAGAAAUCCAGAGACCUAUUCGUGAAUCAAUGUCGAUCUUCUUGGGUGAAGCAUUUUGAUAGACAAUAUUGCAGGAACAAAAGGGAUCAGAGGCUUUUGGAUGAUAAAGGUGCUAGGAGAGGUCCGUUGUUGCUUCCACAUCCUUACCGUUUGAAAUCCACUCCUUGAUUUUCAUGAACCAUUCAUUCAUUUAGCAAUAGUAGUACUAUUAGUAGUAGAUAAUUGGUAGUAAUUCGGAUUCACUGGUAUAGCUUAUGCAUGAAUCUUUGGUUGGAGUAUGUAUAUGUUGUGAUAACUGUUUCUUUCUGUUACAAAUAUAUGUUUAGUUAGCAUUACUGGCAGUUGUAACUGAUAGUGCUAGGUUGGACGCCAUCACUAGAGUUCGAAUCCUGGUGCUCAGGGUUGUGUGUGUUAGUUUCUAGUUGAAAAAUAUUUCUUAGCAUUAAUCACAAUGUUUUUUCAAAAAUUCUAGUUGCAAAAUGUAUGUUAGCAUGAAUCACAAUAUUUUUUCAAAAAUUCUAGUUGCAAUAAAAAUAUGUAUCUCUAUGGGAGAUUCAGUUUUCUGAAUAGAAUAUUAUGGCAAAAGUUGAACUAUGUAGCCGACUUCAUUUAGUGGGAUAAGGUUUUGUUGUUUUAGAAGAUUCCGUUUGUAGUGUAGAGUGGUUAUGAGUGAA